UCUAUCUCUCUCUCUCUCUCUCUCUCUCUCUCUCUCAUUCAUGAUCUAAGAAUGAAGAAGAUGAAUAUGAUUCUGAGGAAGUGUAAGAGCUUGUCUAAGCUAGGAAGAUCAUCAUCUUACAGUAGUCUGAGGUCCAAAUCUACAAGAGAAGAGUUUUGGGGGGACAUGACUGAGGAAGAGCGGCGGGAGGCUGUCUUCGUUGGCAGAUCUCAGCGGCGUUACAUGAUCGAUGCUAAGCUCUUGGACCACCCUCUGAUGAUUGCCUUGAUUGAGAAGUCAAAGCACAAGGCGGGCCACAACAUCUCUGUGAAAUGCGAGGUGGUCAUCUUCGACCACCUUCUAUGGAUGUUGGAAAAUGCCGAUCCAAAUCUCACCACCGAUUCGUUGGAAGAGUUAGCGGAGCUCUAUGCAUAUUGAAGCUAUUAAGUGCCCUGUCUAAGCAAACUUAACGUAUUUGAUCCGUAGAUUGUCACUGCAUCUCAUGUUCGAUAAGUUUCAGUCAAUUGAUGCACUGCUUUCGAUCACAUUCGUCGAAAUUCUAACCAUUGGUGUGUGUCAAACAAUCGCCAAUUUGGGUUAUAAAAGAAAAGGAAGACAAAUCCAUGGGGUCUUCAUGCAUGUGGUGUUUGGUUUCA